AUCUAGUGGAUAAAUUUAAUUAAUCAUGUUGGAAUAUGAGAAUCAAAUGUUUUUGGAAAUAAUCCACGAAGAUGGAUUAGUUGUUGUGGCAAAAGGACUUGGUUUAGAAACAGUAUUUGCGAAUGUAUUAAGAGCCUACUUAGAUCCAGGAAACUUGAUUAUAGUUUUGGGAACUACAAACCAUGAUGAACAAUAUUUUAUUGAUACUUUAAAAGGAUUAGGAAAUAAACAAUUACCCCGUGUUGUAACAUUUGAAUGUUCUUCUGAUGAAAGGGAGGUAAUGUAUUUAGAGGGUGGAGUGUUAUUUAUGUCAGGCCGAAUUCUUGUAGUAGAUCUAUUAAAAAAUAGAGUUCCAUUAAAAUUAGUUACUGGAAUUCUUGUAUAUAGAGCACACAAUAUACUGAAUUCGUAUCAAGAAGCAUUCGCCCUUCGUUUAUACAGACAAAGUAAUAAGACCGGUUUUAUCAAAGCAUUCACGAAUUCGGCAUUGGCGUUUACCGUUGGAUUUGCACAAGUAGAACGAAUAAUGAAAGCUUUAUUUGUCAAAAAGUUAUAUUUAUGGCCACGUUUUCAUACACUUGUAAAUAGUAGUUUGGGGAAACAUAAGCCUGAUGUUAUUGAAUUACAUGUAAAAAUCACAUCAAAGAUGUUGAAUAUUCAAAUUUCCUUACUUGAUAUAAUGAAUUAUGUUAUAAAAGAACUGAAAAGACUUAACAAAUAUUUAGAUUUAGAUGAAUUAACCGUAGAAAAUGCAAUAUCUAAAAAAUUUCACAAACAGUUACAGCUGCAAUUAGAUCCUAUGUGGCAUCAACUAAGUGCUACUUCAAAACAAUUACUGUCGGAUUUAAAAACCUUACGUGGUCUUCUUGCAUGCCUAACAUACGAGGAUUGCGUAUCAUUUUAUGCAAUGUUAAGUUGUUUACGUACUAUGGAAUAUGCGGUAAAAAAUAGUGGCUGGUUAAUGUUAGAUUCUGUAGACACGUUGUUCCAAAGUGCAAAGGAAAGAGUUUAUAACGAAAAAGAUGAAUUAAAACCUGAAGUAACUCCAAAAUGGACUGCUUUAACGGAGGUAUUGCUUGAAAUUCAGCAUCAAAGUAAAACGAAAGCUAAUAAAGAAAAUGAGAAAACAUUGAUUUUGGUACACAAUCGUAAUCUAUGUUAUCAGUUAAAAAAUUAUUUAACUAUGGGUGCUAAGGAAUAUUUACUUUAUGAGGCAAUGAAGAAACUUUCUCGUAAGGAACUGCAAAAACCACCCACAGAGAAGAAUACAAAAGAAGAAUCUACAUCUGCAGAGAAAACUGAUGAUAAUGAAAACGACGAAAAAGAUACUUAUAUGCUAACAUUAUCUCAAAAAGUUCCUGAAGAAAGUCAGUCUGAUUUAGCAACAGAAGAUGAAAAACAUCAAACACUAUUUGAAGAAUGUUCACAAAUUGCCGACUUAGAUCUAACAAACCUAACUACAAAUGCUCCUAUUAUUUUAAUACAGUCUUUGAAAAAAGACGGAGAUCCUAUGGCAUUACAACGCGCUUUAGCGGAACACAUGCCAAGUAAUAUUGUUAUGUACGUAGCAGAUAUUUCCGCUGUACGACAAAUUGAAGUUUAUCAAAAUAAUAAUCCAUCGAUAGAUUUGAAAGUAUAUUUCUUAAUUUAUGGGGGUUCCGUGGAAGAGCAGGAUUAUUUAACAUCCCUGCGACGAGAAAAAGAAGCAUUUCACACAUUAAUUAAUACUAAAACAAAAAUGGUUAUACCUGACGACCAAGACGGAAAGUCUGAAGACUGUUUAAGUCUAGCAAUACAAACAGACUCAGAUGCUGAAACAAACACUCGUAAAGGUGGAAUACCAAUACAACCGGAAAUUCCAAAUACGAUCAUUGUUGACAUGAGAGAAUUCAGAAGUGAAUUACCUGCUAUACUUUACACAAGAGGCAUGAAAAUUGAACCUAUAACAUUACAAGUGGGAGAUUACAUUUUAUCACCAGAUAUUUGUGUUGAAAGAAAAAGUGUUUCCGAUCUUAUUGGCUCUUUAAACAAUGGAAGAUUGUACAAUCAAGCUAUUGCCAUGACAAGACAUUAUAGUAAAGCAAUGCUUCUAAUAGAAUUUGAUCCAAACAAACCAUUUUGUUUUCAGGGAUAUUACUAUGCUAGUAAAGAUAUACAAAAUAUGUUUAUCACUUCGAAACUACAACUUUUAACUCUACAUUUUCCUCGAUUAAAACUUGUGUGGUCGCCCGGCCCUCACGCAACGGCGCAGUUAUUUGAAGAAUUGAAGCAAGGAAGAGAACAACCAGAUGCAGCUAAAGCAGCUCAGAUUGGAAUGGAAGAAAAUAAGCAGAUAGCGGUAGAAAAAUUUAAUCCUCGAAUCCAAGAUUUUGUUUCCAAAUUACCAGGAAUUACUACCAAAAAUUUACAAUCUGUUUUGAGUAAAGGACAAUCAUUAGAUCAUCUUAAUAAACUUACAAAAGAAGAACUUACGGAAAUGAUUGAAAAUAAAAAUGAAGCGCAAAUGUUAUAUAGCACAUUUCAUGACAAAUCUUCUCCAAUUGAAGAAAAAUCAAAUACGGCUAAUAAAAAAACUGCUUUCAGAGGACGAGGAAAGAGAUUAUUUACUAAAAUUAAGCAGUGAUGUAGAUAUAGAUUAUUGUUUUAAAAAAUACUAGUUGUUUGUAGUUUGUGUUGUUCUUAUAUAAAAUUUAAGAUUAACUAGUAUUAUGUGAUAUCAAAAAAUGUUGUGCUUAUAAAUUUUUAUAAAAAAUGAAGUAUUUAUAUGUAUUACAAUUCAGUGAAGUUCCGAUAUUAAAAUUCGGAACAAACAAUUCGUACAUUUAAUUUAAAUUUUUAAUUUAAA